GCUCGGGACCCCUAUUUCAUUUCAACGUAGGGUCUGUUCACGUGUGGUUGUGUGUCGCUAAUUUUAUUAGUCUCACACACACCACUCGAAAAAAAAAAAAAAAAUAAAAAAAAUAAACAACUUUGUCAUAAAACUCUAAAAAAAAAAAAAAAUCUCAAAAAAAAUCACAAAAACUCUGAAAAAACCCUCCCAUAAAAAUUGCAAACGGUUUUAGAAACAGAAGUGCGGAAAAGCGGCUCGCGGUUCAAGGGACGUCUCGCGGGUGUGAUUUGGCUGCAGAAUGAAUCCCAGUGGCCCUAGCUACCCUCUAGCCUCGCUCUAUGUGGGGGAUCUCCAUGCAGACUGUACAGAGGCCAUGCUCUUCGAAAAGUUCUCAUCUGCUGGACCUGUGCUCUCCAUUCGUGUGUGCAGAGACAUGAUUACUCGCCGCUCUCUCGGCUAUGCUUAUGUCAACUUCCAGCAACCAGCUGAUGCUGAACGAGCCCUAGACACAAUGAAUUUUGAUGUGAUGAAGGGUCGGCCGAUCCGAAUCAUGUGGUCGCAGCGUGACCCUUCCCUUCGAAAGUCUGGUGUUGGCAAUGUGUUCAUCAAGAACCUUGAUAAAUCUAUUGAUAACAAGGCCAUGUAUGAUACGUUCUCUGCAUUUGGGAAUAUUCUCAGCUGCAAGGUUGCUACAGAUGAGGCUGGCAAUUCCAAAGGCUAUGGAUUUGUACAUUUUGAAACCGAGGAAGCAGCAAGGAGUGCUAUCCAGAAAGUGAAUGGUAUGUUGCUUAAUGGCAAGAAAGUUUACGUAGGCAAGUUCAUCCCCAGGGCAGAACGGGAGAAAGAGUUGGGAGAGAAGGCUAAACGUUUCACUAAUGUGUACGUUAAGAACUUCGGUGAUGACCUGGAUGAUGAUAAGCUCUACGAGAUUUUCUCGCAAUUUGGCAAGAUUACCAGUCAUAGAGUAAUGACAAAUGAGGAUGGCAAAUCCAAGGGCUUUGGUUUUGUUGCAUUUGAAGAACCUGAAGCAGCUGAGAAAGCCUGUGAGGAAUUCAAUGGAAAGGAGAUGAAUGGGAAGCAGAUCUAUGUAGGCAGGGCUCAGAAGAGAGGAGAACGCCAAGCGGAGCUGAAGAAGAAGUUCGAGAUGAUGAAGAUCGAGCGCAUGAACAGAUACCAAGGAGUGAACUUGUACAUCAAGAAUUUGGAUGACACCAUCGAUGAUGAAAGGCUCCGCAAGGAGUUCUCCAACUAUGGUACCAUCACAAGUGCCAAGGUUAUGACUGAAGAUGGCCGCUCAAAGGGCUUCGGAUUCGUUUGCUUCUCAACACCUGAGGAAGCUACCCGUGCCGUUACAGAGAUGAAUGGCCGCAUCCUGGUCAGUAAGCCUCUGUAUGUCGCCCUCGCUCAACGUCGUGAGGAUCGUAAGGCACAUCUGGCAUCUCAGUACAUGCAGCGUGUGGCUGGUAUGCGCAUGCAACAGAUGGGACAAAUGUUCCAACCCAGUGGCACCAGCUACUUCAUGCCUACCAUGCCACAAGCUCAGCGUUUCUACUCACCACAGAUGGCUCAGAUCAGGGCAACUCCUCGCUGGCCAACUCAGCCAACGGCCCAGGUGCGAGCAGGUGCUCAGGCAGCCAGUGCUUUCCCAAUGCAGGCUGCCCCUUACAGAUCAGCCCCUCGCCAAGCACAGCCAGCACCACGCAAUGUCCGUCCUAUUACUGCAGCAGCUGCAACUGCUCAGCAGCAGCAAAUCCCGAACUUGAUGCAAGCAGCCAGGCCUGUUGCACCAAAUGCAAGUGCAGUUCCACCUGCACUUUCAUCUGCAGCACGCGCCUCAAACUACAAGUAUACAACCAACAUGCGCAAUCCGCCAGCUGUGUCUGGAGGCGGCCCAGCUUCAGCCGCUGCAGUGGCCCCUGUUGUCCAGCCCGCUGUGCACAUCCAGGGACAAGAGCCACUCACUCCAUCUAUGCUGGCCUCUGCCUUGCCUCAGGAGCAGAAGCAGAUGCUGGGAGAACGUCUGUUCCCCCUCAUCCGCGACAUCUAUCCCGAGCUUGCGGGUAAGAUCACUGGCAUGUUGCUGGAGAUUGACAACUCUGAUCUUCUGCACAUGCUUGAGGAUCGCAACUCCCUCAAGGCAAAGGUGGAGGAAGCUGUGGCUGUGCUCCAGGCCCAUCAGGCCAAGCAGCAGGUGGUGGCUGUUGCUGUUGCUGCUCAGAAGAAGGAGGACAUGUAAACAUGCCUUACAGCAAGCAUUCCUCCUGUAUUUUAACAACCCAUUAUCAGUGCUGCAUGUUGCUUUUUUAGUUUUACAGUUUGUGCCCAGUCAUUGGAGUUUUGAUUUUUUGCUGUCAUUUGGUUAUUUUUGUUUCAAGGUUAAUUAGCAAGAUUUGUAAAGGACAUCAUUUAUUAUUUGCACGCUGUCUUUUUUUUUCUUCUUUAUUUUUUUGGACUCCAAUAGAUGCGGCAUAGUUUAGGUUCGACCACAACCACGUGAACAGUCUGUCAAGUAGGUGUCAUAUAUAUACAAAAAAUCUAAAAAAAAUCGUAAAAUAUAAAAAACCCAUAAGACAGUAGCCUACUAUUAAUGCAGUUGAUUAUAAUGCAACACAUCGUUCAUUAUAAUUAACGCCAACGGCAGGUCAGAACAUUGUCAACCAAGAAUGUUCUAGAAGAGAAUGGGAGUCAGGUUUUAGUUGAUCAGUUCCGACAUGCCUGUUUUAAAAGGUGAAAAAAAUAAAAUAAAGGAAAAAUAAAACCUUAAAAAACUUUGUAUAAAAAACAAAAAUGCCCCACCAUUGGGCGAAAAAUCCGAUAACAGUAACAUCUCUAUAAAACUCUAAAAAAACUUUUUGUAACAGUGUGCUACGAAACUCAAGGAAAAAUUGGCAACAAUAAACUUCUGUUUCUAUAACCUUA